AUGCGUCAUCUAUUCAUUUCGCCCAUCAAAUCCCCGCAUCGUUCCAUCUUGAAUCUUUCUUUUUCUGGCUUGCAUCGUAGAUGCUUAUCCCUGCUGUCAAAUACAAAAUCUGUCAAGUCACUUGACUCUGUUACAGACGCAGUCGAGGUAAGCCGACUGGAAGGCUUAGGCUUCGAGUCGGACAUCAACAAAAACAAACCGUCCUUCCAGCUGAGCGCUCCAGCACUAGAUCUUAUGAAUGGUCUUCUGAACGGUGAUCGUGGUAGUUUGGCUCGUGUCAUUACGUUGGUUGAAUCAUGGGCAUUCGAUAAGCGCGCUGUGGGACAAGAAAUUCUGACACGUUUAAUGGAUCAACUACGCGAACAGGCUGAUCAAGCGAACAAAAUGUUCCGAGACGCUGGUGCUGCCAACAUUCAACGAGGUAGCACCUUCCGUUUAGGUAAGUUUUAA